GCCCAUUCCCUUCGACAGUCCAUUUUCUAUUAAACGCCGUCUUGUCCGUUCCACUGUGUGGUCCACACUGAGGCCCACCAUGAGGACGUCUCCAAGCUCUGCUACUACAAUGCUUCUGGCUAGACAGAGACGAACAGCAGUGGCGCUUCUCGUGCUGUGUAUUGGCUCGCAGUCGGCAACGGCCUUUUCCUCCGUUGCUUACCCGUCGAGCCACCGAUCGCGUGGAGAUGCGUUCCGAUCUAGUCCUCUAUCGAUACAGGGACUGCGACAGAGUACCACCGCCACCGCCAUCAGCGGUAGUAGUAGUACAGAGGAUACCCCGCCCGUAUCCACGAAUUACCAAGCGCCGCAAAUCGAAAUUGAUCGCCGUCGGAAUUUAGCCAUUAUUAGUCAUCCCGACUCCGGCAAAACUACCAUGACGGAAAAGCUUUUGCUCUAUGGCGGUGCCUUGCAGCAGGCUGGGGCCGUUCGUCAAAAGGCGGAACAGCGUGCGACCCAGUCCGACUUUAUGGAAAUGGAGCAAGAGCGCGGCAUUUCCAUUUCCAGUACCGUCAUGAAUUUCGAGUACCAAGACUUCGGCAUUCGACUCAUGGAUACUCCGGGACAUCAAGACUUUUCGGAAGACACGUACCGCGCACUCGCCGCGGCGGAUAACGCCUUAAUGUUACUGGAUGCCGCCAAAGGAUUGGAACCACAGACCCGCAAAUUGUUCGAAGUCUGUCGGAUGCGGCGAUUGCCACUCUUUACCUUUUGCAACAAAAUGGACCGACCGGCGCUCUCGCCGUACGAAAUCAUGGACCAAAUUGAGGAUGAAUUUGGGUUGGAAACGCAUCCCAUUUUGUGGCCGAUUGGUGACGGCGAUCGCUUUAAAGGGGUUCUGGACCGGACCACCAACGUGGUGCACUUGUAUCAAAAGGCAGAAAAACGAGGCGGCAAGGCGGGGGUACAAGAAGUACCGCUAGAGGAUACCGUAACGUUAAAAGCUACUAUUGACGACGAAGAACUUUUCCACAAGCUGUUGGAAGAUGCCGAACUGUUGGAAGAAUUAAUUAAUCCGUUGGAUAUGGAACGAGUCAUGAAAGGGGAACAAAGUCCGCUCUUUUUUGGAUCGGCCAUGACCAACUUUGGCGUCCAACUUUUCCUGGACAAGUUUUGUAGUAUGGGAACCAAGCCUAUGGGACGAAUGGCGGACACGAAAAGUGAGAACGAGGAAGAGAUGAUCGGCCCGAAUCACGAAGAAUUCACCGGAUUUAUUUUCAAAACGCAAGCCAACCUGGAUCCCAAGCACCGUGAUCGAUUGGCCUACGUACGGGUGGUGUCGGGUAGAUAUGAAAAAGGAAUGAAAGUAUCACAUUCUCGCUCCAAGUCGGGUAAGAAGUACAAUUUGGCCCAAGCACAGGCUCUAUUCGGUUCGGAUCGUAGCUCGAUCGAAGUGGCCUAUCCCGGCGAUGUAAUUGGAAUUAAUAAUCCUGGAAACUUUGCCAUUGGCGACACACUGUUUACGGGGGGCGCCCGGGUCGCUUUUCCGGGCAUUCCGUCGUUCUCUCCGGAGAAAUUUGCCUACAUUCGAAGUCCAAACCCGUCCGACUACAAGUCCUUCCGGAAAGGCAUCGAUCAACUACUUGACGAAGGGGCUGUGCAAGCCUUACGUCAACGAAACGACGAUGGAGGUGGUCCCUUGAUGCUAGCAGCUGUGGGUCAGCUCCAGUUCGAAGUUGUACAGGCACGACUCAAGAACGAAUACAACGUGGAAUCGAUCAUGGAGCCGUUAAACUACUCACUUGCUCGUUGGGUGGAUGGUGGCUGGGAAGCCGUCGAGAAGGCAGACGCCGAUGGCAAGCUCUUUGGGAUCAUGAUUUGUCAAGAUCGUUGGGGAAGACCGGUGCUUCUCUUUCGCAAUGAUUGGAAGGCGGCGUCGGUAGCCGAGGAAGAAAAGUACCUAGACUUGAAACCAUGGUCUACACCGCCGAUUAUUGAUGAGUGAUAGAUGUCGACUCCCUACAAUCAUAUUUGAACUCGAUAAAUAGUUAUCGUUUUCAUUCAAAAAAAGAGGCGGUAAACAGCGUUUUCAACAGUCAAGAGACGUCGAUUCGAAGCAGCUUCACAUUUACAUUAAAACCAAUCGAAAAUGUGAGAGAUACGCUAAUAUUGGAUU